AUGCCCACAGUUGUGGCAGGACCUGAGGUGCCCUGCUCACAUGUGUCUGGUAGGACACGUCCCUGCUCCUCACCAUCACUGUUAUUGGGAUCUGUGCUCCUGUUGGCCCUGAAGAACAAGAAUGUAACGAAGAGGCGUCCUAUCACCUUACAGCACCCUGAAGCCAAGUUCCUGCUGCCCCUGACUGAGAAAGAGCAAAUCAGCUACAACACUCGGAGGUUCCGCUUUGGACUGUCCUCGCCGGACCAUGCCUUAGGGCUUCCUGUAGGUAACUAUGUUAAUCUCUCGGCCAAAAUUGAUGGUGUGUUGGUGGUCAGGGCUUACACGCCUGUGUCCAGUGAUGAGGAUCUAGGCUUUGUGGACGUAAUUAUCAAGGUCUACUUCAAAAAUGUACACCCUAAUCAUCCAGAAGGGGGGAAGAGGACUCAGUACUUGGAGAACAUGAAAACUGGGGACACCAUCCUUUUUCAAGGGCCAUCCGGGCACCUGUUCUAUCAUGGGUCAGGGAAGUUUGCGUUCAAACCAUACAAAAUGAGUGAGCUUGAAAAUAAACUGGUCCAUCACCUGGGAAUGAUUGCUGGGGCCACAGGGGUUACGCCCAUGCUGCAGCUCAUCCGCUGCAUCACCAAGAAGCCCAGUGACAAGACCAGGAUGUCCCUCGUCUGUGCCAGCCAGACACAGGAGGAGAUCUUGGUGAGAAAGGAGCUUGAAGAAGUUGAUAGACCUCACCCAAAGCAGUUCAACCUGUGGUACACCCUGGACAGGCCUCCUGUUGGCUGGAAGUAGACAGGCUUCAUUACUGAGGACACGAUCAAGGAGCGUCUCCCUCCUCCUGGGAGGUUCUCGUUCAUCCUGGUGUGUGGCCCACCACCCCUGAUCCAAGCCGUGCACCCUAACUUGGAGAAACUGGGUUACACCAAGGACAUGAUUUUCACCUACUAA